AAAUAUUUUAAUAACCGAGUUUUAAAUAAUACAAAAAAUGGCAAACAUACCAAGCGGUAGUAAAUUUCAUUUGGAAGCUAUAGAUCGCAUCACUAGUAUUCCACUGGUGGAAAUGAGUUUCAAACGUGCUGAAAAUAUAUAUGAGAAAGUAAAGAAUAAUAAUCGUCUCUUCAGUUGGUACUUUGAAACAGCUGAAGCUACAAUUUUCGCUGCCUAUGAAUCUGUACAGCCAGCAGUUAAAUUAUUUGAGGCACCACUUAAACGCAUCGAUAAUGUAAUGUGCAAAAGUUUAGAUAUUUUGGAGCAAAGAAUUCCAUUGGUUUAUUUACCACCAGAAAUGGUAAGUAAAGAAAAAAUGUAUUGGAAUACUAAAGAAUAUAUGUCGGAUCACUUGGUGAGACCGGUAUUGAAACGUGCCGAUUCAAUGAAACAUAUUGGGAAUGCCGUUUUAGAAAGUCCAUUAACGACUUAUGCAGCUGAUCGUAUUGAUGGUGCAUUUACUGCUGGUGACAAAUUCGUUGAUAAAUAUUUAGUGCCGAUAAAUGGAGAUCAGGAUCAAGCUGAUACAACAAAUGAAGACACUGGAGCAGAGAACGAAAAAGGCGCCAUCAAGGCGAUUCAUCACGGUCAACGUUUCUCGCGAAAGCUGAAGCGUCGUUUGACACAAAGAACACUGGCUGAAGCGAGGGCAUUGAAAAAGCAAAGCAAAGAAGCAAUAAAUAUACUUAUAUAUGCAGCAGAAUUGAUUGCGACAGAUCCAAAAUUAGCAUUGCAAAAAAUUAAGGAACUAUGGGAAUAUUUAAGCAAGGACGAACCAGAAAAUCAAGCUCGUCCUACUACUUUGGAACAAUUAAUAGUUUUGUUAACGCGGGAGUCUGCUAGACGUGUAGUUCACUUGGUGAAUUUUAGUGCUAAUGUAGCUUCAAAUUUACCAAAGACUGUGGCCCAUACUACCACUGAAGUGAUACAUCACGUUAUUUAUUUCAAUAAUCGCAUAAUUAGCAUAACGAAAUUGGAUAAAGUAAAGACUAUGUCCAAAGAGGAAGCUGAAACUCUUUUUAAACGUAUGAUAACGUUUUAUGGCAAUUUUCAGGGAUUAACAAACGCUUAUCUGGAACGUUUGGCGUCUUUCCUUUCUGGACGUAUUGAGGCAGAAAAAGUUACUGGCGAUGCAACACAACCAAAUGCUUCCACAUCGUCUCAGAGAGCAAUUGAUUCCCAGGAAUAUAAUUUACCACCACCUCAUAAUAAUAUAAAUGGCGUUUAUUGAGAUAUAGAGUUUUUUAUAGCUGUCGUAGCUUUGUUUCUAAUUAUCGAAUUCUAUUUUUGCUUACAUAUUCGUACUAACUGAUAUAAAAUUAUAUAAUUAAUUUGAAAGUUAUUAGAAUUUUUUCUAAAAUCAUAUAUAAAAUUAUUAAAAAUAAAAUUUUUGAAAUACUUUUAAGCAAAUUUCAAAACGAAAGAACAAAUUUAGACAUUUAAAGAUUUUCACCGAUUUAAUUUUUAGUUGCCCAUACAUUACAUAGAUGUAUGACGAUAAUGUGAUUUAUACAUGUAAUAAGCAUUU